ACACAGCCCAACCCAACAGGAAUUAAUGUCAUUGCACUUGCAUGUCGUAUAUUUAGUAAAUUCUCCAUAUUGGAAACGAUUAAAUACAUAUACACGUUAAAAUGCCCUUGUUUGAAGGUUUGGGGAGUGGAGGGGAGAAAACUGCAGUAGUCAUUGAUUUAGGAGCAGCCUACACAAAAUGUGGCUUUGCUGGAGAGACGGGGCCCAGGUUCAUAAUUCCCAGCGAGAUCCAGAAGCCGGGACAACAACAAUCUAUCAAAGUAGUUCAGUACAACAUCAACACAGAGGAGCUCUACUCCAACCUCAAGGAGUUCAUCCACAUGCUCUACUUCAGACAUCUGCUGGUGAACCCUCGUGACAGGAGAGUGGUAAUCAUCGAGUCCAUCCUCUGCCCCUCCCACUUCAGAGAAACUCUCACCAAGGUCUUUUUCAAACAGUUUGAGGUGCCUUCGGUGCUGUUUGCCCCCAGCCACCUCAUGUCCAUCAUGUCUCUGGGCAUCAACUCAGGCCUGGUGAUGGACUGUGGCUACACAGAGACAUUGGUGCUGCCAGUGUAUGAGUGCAUCCCCAUCCUGCCAGCCUGGGAAGCCCUGCCUUUGGGUGGAAAGGCCAUUCAUAAGGAGUUGGAUGGGCUCCUGGUGGAACAGUGUACAGUAGACUCAGACUCCAGUACUGGACAGAGUCUACCUACAGUCAUUGGCUCCAUCCCAGAGGAGGUUGUAGAGGAUAUCAAGGUCAGGACCUGUUUCGUCAGUGACCUACAGAGAGGCCUGAAGAUCCAGGAGGCCAAGUUUAACCUGGAGGGAACGGCUAAGCGUCCAACACCACCCCCUGAUGUUGAUUACCCAUUGGAUGGGGAGAAGAUUCUGCAUAUUAAGGGACCAAUCAGGGACUCUGUGAUGGAGAUGCUGUUUGAGCAGGACAACGAGGAGAAGAGUGUGGCGUCGCUUGUGCUUGACGCUCUGGUCAAGUGUCCCAUCGACACUCGUAAGGCUCUGUCUGAGAACCUGGUGAUCAUCGGGGGCACGGCCAUGAUGCCUGGCUUCCUGCACCGGCUCCUGGCUGAGAUACGCCUCCUGGUGGAGAAACCCAAGUACCGCGACGCCCUGGCCACCAAGAGCUUCAGGCUGCACAGUCCUCCAGCCAAACCCAACUGCACCGCAUGGCUCGGAGGAGCAAUCUUUGGAGCACUGCAGGACAUCCUGGGUAGUCGUUCCGUGUCCCGUGACUACUACAACCAGACAGGCCGUAUCCCAGAUUGGUGCUGUCUCAGCUCCCCGCCCCCAGAAUCAGUCUAUGAUGCAGGGAAGACCCCACCACCGCUCAUGAAGCGAGCCUUCUCCACCGAGAAAUAAACCACCAGAUCAGACACUGUCUACUCCUAGUCUGCAUCUGCUAUGUCAUCCUAUACCCUAAAUAGUGCACUACUUUGGGCCCUGGUCCUGGGGGAAAAAGUGCCAUUUCAGAAGUAGUCCACACUAGACACAACAAACUCAUCCCAGACGUAACAAGUCAGACCUACCAGAUGUUAUAGGUGCGUCUCAAUAGUCUAUUGUGGCUUCCUGUCCUCAUGCUCUUCCCCUCAUCUGUACUAAACAGAAUUGGUGGUGGUGAGAGCAGUAUGGCAAAAUCCUGCGACAAAGGAGACAAGGCCACAAAGUCACUUUAGACUAUGGAGAUGCAGCCAGCAUCUCAACCCCCAGACGGCUGUGGAUUAUGGGGGUUGUAGUUUUAGUUCUGUCAGUCUUUAUGUGCCUGUUCUUGUUCUGUAAGACUCGUACUGACGUAUGCCACACUGCCAUCCAGACUCUGCUCACUUAUUGCUAAACUACAGCUCACUGAUACAGUAGUCAGCAUUUUAAUUGAGAGAACUGUGUUGUGGCCAUGGAUUCAGGGGUCAGGGAGAGACGUUCCUGGCCCAGAUCCUUGUACACAAGGCGGUCUUCAACAGAUUUGUGGCCAUUUGUUGACUCAGUGGAUUUGACUCAGUUUUCCUUGCUGAACGGACACUUUUCAUAUUAAAACAUGCUGUGGAGCUGUAUUUCAAAAACUGUCAGUAAGAAAAUGUACUGUAGGUGAACCAGAUCAGUUGCAGUUCAGUAUUCAAAUUUGGCUUUGUCAAGUUGCUCUUUAUGUAGUCAUUGUGAAUGCUACCCCCAGGCAUUGUUUUUCAGCAAAUAUUAAGUGUUUUAUUUGCCAUUUAUUUAUUGUUUCUUCUUUGCCAUGUAAACCAUUAUAUAAUAUCAGUUUCAAUCUCCUAAGAGCUCAUAUCUGUAAUGCAUCAACUCAAAUAGCUUUAAAUAAACAUUCCUGAAACGUU